AUGGAGAUCUGCAAAAUCCCGAGUCCGUACGGUGACGUGACAGCAGAUCAAGUGAAAUGCCUUAAUGACCAAGCUCAAUUGGAUAGCUGCGUAAGGAAAUACGAUGCCAGAUUCUGCUACUCUCUGGUGGGCACGUGUGCGUCGAUGAUGGGCGCGGUAUAUAACGGUGGUGCAAUCAGCAAACUGCCUGGGAAUGUGCUGCUGUGUAUCCAACGAGAGGAUGUAAUUGCGGUGUGUCGAGCCAAGCACGGUGUAGCGUUCUGCACGAAACUCAGUGAGGCUUGUGCUGAGUUGACCAAAAUUCCGAUGCCAGCAUUCCAGCAAGGCCAAUUGGUCGCUCUACCGGAUGGUUUAGCGGAGUGCAUAUCGAAAGGCAAGUUUGGGGAUUUGUAA